AUGUAUAAUAAAUUGGUUAAAAGUGAAGAAGCAAAAAGACAACAUUUUGAAAAACUGUUGAGUCAUCGUCGAUUAAAACAAAUUGUCUUGUAUUAUGGUAAUAACGUAGAUAUUAAAAGUUUUUAUGAUGAGCAUGUAAAGAAAAAUAAAGGAGUAAUAUAUACAGAAUUUUGGACCGGUAGAUUUAUUGUAAUGGGUGCUGAUUAG